GGGGUGGACGGUGGGCCGGCAGACAUCGUGCUGAGGGUCAGAGAGGGGGGCGUGCUCUGGGAACCUGCCUUAGAGAUCACCUUGGCAAGGGACUGAGCCCAGGGAAGGGAUUACAGUGAGGGUCCUUGCCUCCUAGAAACCCGUCUCAGGUGAGGAUAAUGAAGUCAACCUUUAUUAGGACCUUCUUUGGCCAGGCCUUUUACCCACAUCAUCUCAAUUCCUACAAGAACCACGAAAGGUGGCAGCCCCAAGGGCGAUGUGGACCCAUUCUACUACGACUACGAGACUGUCCGCAACGGGGGCCUGAUCUUUGCUGCCCUGGCCUUCGUCAUGGGGCUCAUUAUCAUCCUCAGCAAAAGACUCCGCUGUGGGGGCAAAAAGAAGCACCGGCAAGUCAAUGAUGAUGAUCUGUAAUGACAGAGUCAGCCGUACCCCCCUUUGCAGGGCGGCGUUGGGAAGCCUUCCCUGAGCUGUAGACCUUUGUCCCCAGCACUGCCAGGCCCUUGGGCUGAAGGAAGCACCAGGCUCCAGGUGACCCCUGGGUUUUCAUGGCCUCCUCCCAACCCCAGGCUGCCUCAUGUUAACAAUAAAGCCAGCCUCAGAGACACA